GGUGGGGUGAGGUGGGGUGGGGGUGGUCAUGGCGUCGUCGAAGGUGAUGACCUCAACGACGUCGUCGAGGGCGAAUCGGGAUCUGCCGCUCCAGUCCACUAUAUCAUCCUCCCUCUCCGCUCUGAUCUCCGAUCUCCAGGACCACCACAACGGCAGCCACGCCGCCGCCGCCGACGAUAGCUCCGGCGCGGUCAACAUGGACGACCUCCUCAAGAACAUCUACUCCGACGACAGUCCCGCCACUCCCGAGCCCUCGCUGUACCACCACGUCGGCGGCGACGGCGGCGGCGGUGUCGUCGGCGACGGUGGCGCGUCGCUGCCGGGCGGCGGGGGCGACGCCGGAGUCGGGAAGACGGUGGACGAGGUGUGGAAGGAGAUCGUGGCGGGGAGCGACGGGGCGAGCGGCAGGGGAGAGGAGGAGAUGACUCUGGAGGAUUUCCUGACGAAGAACGGGGCUGUGAGGGAAGAGGACGUGAGGAUUGGUGGUGAUGGUGGUGGGGGUGGGGGAGCAGGGGGUUACUGCGGGGACGCGGCGGGGGAUUUGAACGGGCAUUUGAUUCAGGUGGGGGGGACGGUGGGCGUGGGUGUGGGCGGCGGCGUUGGCGUUAGUAACAACAAUGGUGGAAUUGUGGGGAGAGUGGUGGUCGGGAGAGGGAAGAGGAGGGCCGUGGAGGAGCCGGUGGAUAAGGCCACGCAGCAGAAGCAGAGGAGGAUGAUCAAGAACCGAGAAUCGGCGGCAAGGUCCCGAGAACGCAAGCAGGCAUACACAGCUGAAUUAGAAUCUUUGGUGACCCAAUUGGAGGAGGAAAAGGCACGCCUUUUGAGGGAAGAGGCUGAGCAGAGCAAAGAGCGGCUUCAACAGCUGGUGAAGAAUCUUGUUCCAGUGGUCGAAAGUCGCCGACCACGACGCCCUCUCCGGAGGAUCAACUCCAUGAAUUGGUAGACGUGCUUUCCGAUGCCUGACCACUAACGGAGAGGUGAUUGAUUUACUUGACAUGCCACCAAAAGGACUCAGAUGAUUCUCUGAGACAAGAGAAUAGUGUGUGCAGAUGAUGGAGACAAGACGAAGUGGCCAGAGAAACAUGAUACUACUAAUUUACAUUUACUUUGGGGAGGUAGUUAUUUCAGGAGCUCAGGAAGUUCAUAUUGUAAAGAGGAGCUUUUGUGCAUUGUGCAGCCAGAUAUGUCAUUGUCAUUUUAGGUUGUUACUUCGAUUAUGUAGUAAAAAUCGUGGUUAUCAGUUUGACAUAGCGUAUAGCAUGUAUAUUCAUCAA